AUGACGCUCCUCGGUCACUUGAAACGGGUCCAUAACCACAAUGUCGCGACUUUGCGCCGUUCGCCAACCGCGGAGAUAUCUGGCGCUCUGGGUGACUUGGGAACACUUCUUCCCCUGAUGAUUGCGCUUGCUGUUCAGCGCUCCAUCUAUCUUGACAGCACUCUGGUGUUUUCCGGCAUAUUCAAUGUCGUGACCGGCGCCGUCUUCGGCAUCCCGCUUCCAGUGCAGCCGAUGAAGGCUAUUGCUGCUGCUGCAAUCUCGAGAAGCGAAGACAGUGGCAUUAGAACUGUCAUGGCCGCCGGACAAUGGGUCAGUCUGGCGGUUCUCAUCAUGAGUCUCACCGGCUUGCUUCGCUGGGUCACACGAAACGUCCCCGUUCCCGUCGUGAAGGGAAUCCAGCUCGGCGCAGGCCUUUCUCUCGUCAUGGCUGCUGGUUCCGGUUUGCUUCGCGACUUGCACUGGGCUCACCCAGUGCUGGACAACAGACUGUGGGCGCUGGCCGCAUUUCUCGUGCUCAUCUUCACCCAAGGGCUGCCGCGGUUCCCCUACGCUCUUUACAUCUUCGUUCUCUCGCUUGUCUUUGCGUUCAUCUCCAUUCUGACCGCUGACCACCACGAGCCGCACAACCUGCCAUGGUUCCACGUCUGGGUUCCUCAUCUGCUUCACUGGAACUUGAACUGGUUCAAGUAUAAGCCCAUCACUAUGGCCAUCGGCCAGUUACCUCUCACUACACUCAACUCAGUCAUCGCUGUGAGUGCCCUUGCAGCUGACUUGCUGCCUGAUAUGCCGACGCCGACUGUCACCGGCAUGGGCAUCAGCGUUGGUAUCAUGAACUUGGUGGGUACAUGGUUCGGAGCUAUGCCUGUGUGCCACGGUGCAGGUGGACUUGCAGCGCAAUAUCGAUUCGGCGCACGUAGUGGGGCUAGCGUCAUCAUGUUGGGCCUGUUCAAGAUAAUCUUGGGAGUAGUGUUUGGUGGUACCCUUCUCGACUUGCUCUCGCACUACCCCAAGAGUCUGCUUGGUGUCAUGGUCAUCGCUGCUGGUCUCGAGCUCGCCAAAGUCGGACACAGUCUCAACCACGGUGCCUCCGAUCUGUGGGAGAGCUCCGUGGGAGAAGGGGCAGGCGUCCUGCGCCAGCAUCGUUCGCUCUCUGAGGAUGAGAGGGCUGAGAGGUGGACGGUCAUGCUGAUGACUACUGCCGGGCUGCUUGCCUUUAGAAACGAUGCAAUCGGCUUCAUGGCGGGUAUGUUGUGCUUCUGGGCCUAUCGGAUUUCUGAGAGGGCUGCGCGUUGGUGGCAGUCCAAGAGGCCCAUCUUUGGCGAGCGAGAGCCUCUUCUACGUUAA